AUGUGCCCUCCAGCCACUAUUCAAUUAUCUGGUGAAGAUAGAGUAGCUAUUGUUAAGGAACUAUUUAGAAAUGCAAAAGAAGACGAACUAACGUUGUAUCCAUCACUACUGGCUGAAGGCAAUUUUGCUUCAGCAGCUUUUGAGAAGAAGAAGAACAGAAACAAUGCUGAUCAGCUGUCGAAAGAAGCAAGAAUGAUCAAAUACUUCGCUCCAUCAUCAGUAGGAGCUGCGGCUUUGAAUAUUCAUUCACCAGCACAGACAAAG